AUGGACGACGGCCUCGUACUCAAUCUCGCUGUUGACGACCAGCCUACAGCGCUCAGGAGCGCAGGGGCAGCAAAGAAGGGUGGAAGAUGGACGGACAGAUUGAAAGCAAAACGGGUCACAAAACGCAAAGUCCGACCAGUAGAUCAUACACCGGGUCAGGCGCAUGGUGCAGAAGAACAACGGCCUGCAAAGCGACCACGUAAGGAGAAGCCUUCGUCGAAUCAGCCUGCAGGGAGACAUACUGAAGAGCGUACUGCGACCGCCGCUCGUCCCCCUACACACGUUAUUUCCUCCUUGUUUACCUCCAACCCGAAGGUGCAACAGCCUGCGCAGUCCAUACACCUGAAGACACUAUCAUUGCCGAGCAAUGCGCCCUUGGUCGACUCGUCUACAUUCUUGGGCCUCGGGCUCGACCCGCUCAUUGUAACUCAUCUAACGACAAAAAUGAGCAUUUCCAAGCCCACUUCGAUUCAACAAGCAGCACUGCCGAUAUUGCUCGCGAAACCGUCCGAAGACACGUCUUUGCGGGAUGUAUUCAUCCAGUCUCAGACGGGUUCAGGCAAGACCCUUUCAUUCCUCCUCCCGAUCAUUGAAGACCUCCUACCCAUGAGCUCCCUAUCAUACAUUGAUCGGACUAUUGGCACAUUGGCUAUCAUCAUUGCACCUACGAGGGAACUGGCGAAGCAGAUCUCUGAUGUCUUAGAGGCACUCCUCCAGCUCCGCCUGCGACCUUCGGACGAGGAAUCUAUGGACUCAGCACCACGCCUGACCCGCUGGCUCGUUUCUGGUCUUCUCACAGGUGGGGCUACUCGCACCCACGAGAAGGCCCGUCUGCGCAAGGGUGUGCCCAUACUUGUCUCCACGCCUGGCCGUCUACUCGACCACCUGCAGAACACUGCCUCAUUCAAUGUUGGGAAGUGCCGUUGGCUCGUGCUCGACGAGGCGGAUAGGCUCAUGGAGCUAGGCUUUGAGGAGACCAUUCAAGGAAUCCUAAAGGGUCUGGAUGGCCGUCGGAAACUUGCUGCGCAGGCGGUACAGGAAGGCAAGAGCAUGGAGGUGGGCGGAUGGGACUGGGAACGACGAAGGCGGACUGUGCUCUGUUCUGCAACAAUCCGAGAAGACGUGCAAAAGUUGGCCGGAACCACGCUCGAAGAUCCCGUUGUGAUCAAGGCUGUGGAGAUUGAUACGCCGUCCACAGACAGCGAUGCGACACUGUCCAAGGGAGACGCAUCGCUCCGCACAGUCGGCGAUCAGAACUUCACGCCACCGUCACAGCUCUCGCAGAAGUACGUGAUUGUACCGCUCAAGUUGCGCUUGGUGACGCUCGUUGCCACGCUCCGGUCUUUGUUGGCACAGUCUCGGAAUAGGCGGGGGACUAAAGUCAUCGUCUUCCUCAGCUGUACAGACUCUGUAGACUUCCAUUGGCAUCUUCUCGGUGGUACGUCCAUGGGGGAAGAUCAGGACACGCCUACCGCAGACACUGAUGAAGAGCCGGUGGACGAAGAGUCUGAAUCAGAGAAGAAGUCCGACUCACCCAAAGCAGGUAUCCCGUCAGCUGCUGACAAGGUAGGGGCAAAGUCCGCCUUACUCCCGGACACGUCCAUCUUCCGACUCCAUGGUUCCCUCCCAUUGCGGACUCGUCUAGCAUCUCUGCGCGGGUUCUCCGCUGUUCCGAAGGGCAAGUCGCAAGAUGCAGCCGCAUCCUCGUCUGUCUUGCUGUGCACGUCAGUUGCAUCGCGUGGUCUGGAUCUCCCCCUCGUUCGUGCUGUCAUUCAGUACGACUUGCCGACCGAAGGAGGCGCGACCGAGUAUGUGCAUCGAGUCGGGCGUACCGCGCGUGUCGGAAAGGGAGGCGAGGCAUGGAGUAUCCUCGCGCCAAGUGAAGCCAACUGGGUGAAGUGGGUCUCGGAAAAGAUGCAGGGCGACGGCGCAGCGAAGGGCAAGAAUAUCACACUUGUGGGUGUAUCGAUGGAGGACGUGUUGAGGGAGGGCUUUGGAGGCAAGGGCGGUGAAUAUGAGGAGCGCGCAACCGACGUGCAGCUUUCGUUCGAGCGAUGGGUCCUCAAGGACAAGCAUAAUGCCGAGUUGGCACGCAAGGCCUACCUCUCACACAUGAGGGCGUACGCCACGCAUCCCUCGGAUGAGAAGCACAUAUUCCAUAUCCGUCAUCUCCAUCUCGGACAUCUUGCGAAGGCAUUCGCACUUCGGGACGCGCCGACCGCUGUAAGGAACGCCGGUAACAGCUCGAAAAGAGGCAAGGCGCCGUCAUAUAGGACGCCGCCGACAAGGACAAAGUCUAAAGGGAAUGGCAAUGGCAAAGGCAACAAGGCCAUGGAUUCCGACGAUGACCUCGGUGUUAUCGACGCUGAAAGGCGAAUGGAGAAGGUCGUGCGUGCACAAGGCAGACUGACCAAAAAGGGCGGCAAAAUGGUCAGCUCUGGCGCAUCCGAGUUCCAAAUCGCUGGAGGAUACGAUUUGGAGAAGCUCGUACAAACUGCUCGGACAUGAGGCUUUUUGUCAUACGCAAUCACAAUGUAGCUAUCGCUUUGUAGUGUAGUUGGAUUAUUUCCUUUCCUUUUCUCUCA